UCUGCAAUGUGAAUAAAAUGAAAAUUCACCAUGAAAUGUCUAACAAAUUAAAUGAGAAAUCCAUUCCUUUUUAUAAGCUUUAAAAUUUUCUCCAUGUGGAAUUGUGUGCUGGAUGGAUUGUGAUAUCAACGUCAUUUUGGCCUGAAUUACAGCAUCCUAAUUUUAUGGAACUAGAAGGAAAUAAAAGAUGGACAAAUUUCCAUUUUGUCUUUCUUCAGCAAAUAACCACAUAAAAAAUAGGGAGUACUAAUAGUUAGUGUCCCAUGAUUCACUUGAAGAUUAAAACUCACCUACUGGUGUAGGAUAUUAGGGGUCAAAGAAGAAUAAAAGUUACUGAGAGAGUCCAAUGAAUUUAAUGCAGAGGCCAAAAAAAGAAAUAAGAUACUAGCAAUAUAGAAUGGUAUUAUUUGAGGCUAUGUCGUUGCACCAUGAAGAUUCAAAAAGUGAAAGAGCAAAAUUUAGGAGAGACGAACACUCCUCACAGAACUACUUAGGCAGGCCCUAGUCUUUGAUAUCAAACCAAAGGCACAUUCCACCUACCUAUACCUUACCUAGACAAAAAGCUUCAACUUCAGAACACUCUUUUUUUGUCAUGUCUGAACAUGCAGCACCCACUUUCAAAACUGUGCUAGUUUGAGUUGGAGUGAAAGUGACUUGAACCAACAUUUACAACAACAACAACAACAACAUUCCACUCUGCUGAAUUAUUUUCUAACUCAAAUUCAUGGCCUCAACAGCUGAACCACUUCCUUAUAGCUCAAGAAGAAGAGAUGAGUCAGAGUUCAAUUUGAGAGAAUGGGCAGUGAAAGCUAGAAUCCGCCGAGAGAACACCAACUCUAGAAGGUACUCAGGAUCUUACAUGAGAAGCUUUAGAGAAGACACAAGGUCAUUUAGAUCAAACAUAACCAUUUCUAGCACUGCUUCUUCACCCGGAUACCCCUUAAAAGAUGAUAUAGACCCUUCAACAUAUUCUUUCACAACUGCUCUUAAAGCAUUGCAAGCAAGGGCAGGCUAUAACAGGUGGGGAUGCUUAUCUCCAGAUGGUUUUGCUUUAAAUUCCAAGUGGAAUGAAGCAGAAAGGUAUAUAUGCAACCCUCUCUCAGGGGAGGUACCAUUGGAGUGUUUAUCUGCAAAAACUCUUAGUGGAAGAUCUUUUAGAAACUCAAUAAACAGAAUUGCCAUGUCUGCUCCUCUAGUUUAUUCCUCAAAGCACAUUCCAACAAAGCCAGCAACUUACAUACAAGAAGAAGUGGCUCUUCAAUUUCCCAAUCCAGAAAAGAAGAAAGAGGGAAUCACAAGAGAUGUUGGUACUCAAAGCACACCCCCUUAUCUUAGUUCAACCAGUCCCAGCCCUGCUUCAACUCCAUCCAUCACAGAGAGAUCAAAACCUCGAAUUUCUGACUCCCUUAACUUAAAUGCAAAAACAACAAAUUCCGACGAAGAGGAGGCUGCUUUAUACUACACAUACGGUUGCACUUGUCUGUGAUUUUGGGAAUCAAUUUUUCACUCAUCGAAGUGUGAUCUCAGAUGCGAGUGUCAAAUUUUUCAUAACUCUUCAAUCAAACCUUGUUCUUCCUCUUGAAUGAUUUAAACAUGGCAGCAGUGUGGUUCUUUUUGAACAUAUAUAGCUCUUCCCUUUGUCUCAUAUGAAGGCACUGAAGAUUCUGAAAUCCAAAGUACAUUAGUUUACCUUCAUGGGUACUUCAACAAAAUGUCUACUCACUGUCAUGCUACGUACCUUUCCUUCAUUAGAAUUACAUACAAAUGAACAGAGAGAGUAAAGAAUGUAAACUAAAUUAUUGUAUAGCAAUAAUAACAUCAUAGAAUAGUCACAUUAAGGAAAUAUGGCACGGGAAACUGUAAAUGAUUCGUAUUUCAAUUAAGGAUAAUGCAAAUGGUUCCCGUAACUGUUGUACUAACUGUGCUACAUUCCAAUAGUUUUUUUUGCAAAUGUCACACACAUGAACAUGAUAUAGCCAACAAAGUUGUUAGAGAUUGAAUUAUUAUUCCAUACGUAAGCUAGUCAUAAAUAAUGAUCUUUUGUCUUUUGCUUAUUCAAAUGGAACAUCUCUUGCUUCAGUUUAAAUUUAUAUGAAUUCUGCAAUCGAUAAGUUGGCCAAUCUCUCUCUGUGUCAGAAGAAAAUGUCGGUUCGUAACAUCCAAACAAAAUUGGCAUAUUAGGUAGAAACACGGCACAGGUGCAUUAAAUCAAAAAGUAUUAUCUAUACCAAAAAAAAAAAAUCAUUUUACAUUAUUUCAAUUUAACCUUCAAAACAUUGAUAUUAAGAUAGGAUUAGUUUUAUAUCUAAGCAUAAUUGGUUCAGUACUAUAGAUAUUUUGUUGUUACAAUUAAAUCAAAUUAUAUAGUUAUUACCGACGGUUGAUUUGGUUUGAUUUGGACAUAUUAUUUAUCUGGUUUGGCUAAUUGGUUUACUAUAUACUGUGUUUGCACCGAUUCAAUUCCAUUCUUAAUGUAUAUGCAAAUAUUAACAUAUAAAAUUAAUAAACAUAAUAGUUGUUAAUAGUUUCACAUUAAUUAGCUAGGGUGUGGGGAAACCUGAUUAGAUUAAUAAACUGAUCCAGUUGUUAUGAUUAUUUUUUUGUAAUUUUUUAAUAAGCCUUCCCAGACAUGGAAGUUUCUGAAGUUUUCAAAAUAGAGAGACUUGAGUGAGUUUUCAAAAUAGAAAGGAUUUUUUAUAUAUAUAAUAAAGACAAAAUUCAAAAAGGGAUAUGAGAAUAAUCGAAAAGAAAUGAAUUCUCUGUAAGAUGAAAAAUCGUACCCAUAUGACCCACUCAUUCUAAACUAUUUUUUUUUCUUUCAUUUUAUUUUCUCUAUUUUAAGAUUAAAAUGAAGGAAAACUUUUUAAAAGGCAUUACUUUGAGAAUAUUAAUUUUGCAAAUAAAAAUUGAAAAUGGAUUACUUGAAACUAGGUGUUUUCCUUCGAGACCUAUCGUCAAUCAAAACUUGGUUUGCUUAUAAAUCUGCUUUACUAAUUUGUUUGGCAUUAAUUAAAAGUGGCAGUGUAAAAUCAUCUUCGAUUUUUUUGUUUUAUUAAAAUAAUUUGAGUUUGAUAAUAGCUACUUAAGAAAAACUGUAUUCCAGAUUAAAAUAAAUAAA